AUGGCGUUGAUCUGCUUCCCCUUGAACAUUGAAAGAGAAAGUGAAGUUGGUGAGAUGAUUGUAAUGAUGGAAGUGAUAUUAGAUAAAGAUUUUAUUUUGGAGCACCCUUCCCAGGUGAAAAUCAAAGCUGCAAAAGGCAGCCACACUCUCUGCGAAAGAAAUUCUUCCGCUCUUAUGAAUCUUUUGAUCCUUGUUGCUCCCUGGAAGCCCUUUCUCGAUAGAGUAUCUGGAUGGGACCAAGAAAGAUGUAUAUCGGGUGAAUCUUCUGCAUCAUUCAACAGUAACCUCUUUAGAGAUGAACAUACCCAACAGAGGUAUGAGAUGAUGCAAACUUUGAACUUCAACUCUAAACGAUGA